AUGGCGGAAAGAAACUCCGCAGAUUUGGCGUUUCUGCGGGAUGUUUUUGCGCAAGAGGUGCUCGUUUGGAGCAAGCUUCGACAUAAGAACAUCUGUGAGUUCGUGGGCGCGAUCAUCGGCGGACAGGAGUCGUACGAUCUGACAUCGACGGCGGAGGAUCACCAGGGGCAGUUGCGCGUGGGCAGCAACUUUUGCUGUUUGGUGUUGGAGUUUCUGCCGGGCGGAACGCUGAAGCAGCUCUUAGCGAAGCAGAGCAAGAAGAAGAAGCGGCUGCCGUUGAAACGCGCGUUGCAUCUGGCGUUGCAAGUCGCGGAAGGCCUGCGCUACCUGCACGCGCGCAGCAUAGUGCACCGCGACCUCAAGACCGACAACCUGCUGCUCGACCAGGCACACAGGGUGGUGAAGAUUGCCGACUUCGGCGUGUCGAGGGUGGAGCCGGGGGACCGCUCCAUGAAGCGACGCACCGGCACCUUCGGCUACAUGGCACCCGAGGUGCUCAAGGAGCAGCCGUACGAUCACAUGGCGGACGUGUACAGCUACGGCAUCGUGCUGUGGGAGAUCGUUACCUGUGGCAACCCGUUUCUCUUUGAGGGACUCAAGCCAGAGCAAGUCUGCUGCAUGGUCAACCAGGGUCUGCGUCCAGACAUCCCCUCGUCGUGCCCGCCCGCCCUCGCUGACCUCAUGCAGCGCUGCUGGCACCACACGCCUGCCCGCCGCCCGGAUAUGGCCGAGGUGGUGGAGCGGCUCCGCGUCCUCACCUUGCAGUGCUCGCCUGCCAUUCCCGCCUGUGCCUGCAUGUAG